AUGUCGAAUUUCCCGAGGCGAAGCGAUCGACUGAAGAAGUUGUCAUCCAAAGAAAAUAUAAUUCGUUUUUAUAGAACAAGUCGAAAAUGGGGGGAAUUCAGUAAUUUUUAUGAAGCAGAAAUUUUAAUAAAUGGUGAGACUUGGUCAACAAAUGAACAUUAUUUUCAAGCUCAAAAAUUUACAUCAAAUCCUGAAUUUCAACAAAAAAUCAAAAAUUUCGCAAAUCCUAGACAAGCAGCCAAAUUCGGACGUAAAGCCAAAGGUUUGCGUCCAGAUUGGGAAGAAGCUAAAGAUGAAGUUAUGCGUACGGCUUUAAGAGCCAAAUUUACUCAACAUCAAAAAUUAAAACAAAAGUUAUUGAGCACAAAAGAUGCUAAAUUGGAGGAAGAAUCACCGACAGACAGUUAUUGGGGUACUGCUACUCGGAAAGAUGGAAGUAAAGGUUUUAACAAGUUGGGACUUUUGCUGGUGGAAAUUAGGGAAGAUUGUCAGAUUACCGGUAAUGGGUCAGCUCAGCAUCAUCAUCCGUCGGAAUCUGACGCAAAUCGAUUUAAUACGCCGGAUCGUAAUUAA